UGAGAAAUUCAGUGUGAGCAGCUGGUCCACUGCUGCCAAUAAGGUCGUGUCACUCAGCUCAAUCCAAAUGAAGUCUUUCAAACACUAAAGUGACAAAAUAACACAUUAUUAAUCCCAGUGCUGUGUGGCAGUUAUACAUACUUACAUAGCUUUCCCAUAUCAUAUGUAGCCCAUGGACUGGACGGGCAGGGGACGAGUGUGCUCUCACAUACAUUUCUACUUCAGCAAAGACAUCAUAAUACUCAACUAUAUACUCUACCUUUACUUACAAGGUCGUUGUUGGCUGCUAUAUUAACGUCCACAGACAUAAUCUUGGACCUAUGACCUUUAAAUGUCACUCUUUUGUGUGCUGUUAACUUUCACAACAAUAACAAUCGGUGUAUUGUAUCUUCAUAAAAGGUUUGAGGACAAUUUAAUCUCAGUGGAUCUUUCAUUCCAGUCACACAGCUUCAUUACUAUUGUUUACAUUUGUUACACUUUUAAUUUUAUCUCUGGAGAUAAGAGAAGAAGGUAUAUUGUCCGUGUGCGCAGGUCAGACAGUCAGUGGAAACUGCUGGUGUUGGCGUCACAAGGAGUGUCAUGAUCUUCAACAAACCAGGUGUGCUCAAAGUAAAAUGAACUCUGCAUUGGACUUGAUCAUCAUAAUAUAAUUAGAGAGUUUUUACAUGCUGUGGUUGAGAAGCUGACCUGGAGAACAUUCUGUGGAGAUCAACUAUGUCCUCACACAAGGCAGAUUUAAACGAGUCUGUCAUCAUUCAUCCUCCAGGUUUCUAUAUCAUUGGAUUUCUGAAUUUCCCCAACAUCAGUGUCUAUAUAAUCUUUCUCGGAGGCGUCUAUGUUGUUUCCGUAGUGUUCAAUAUUUCAUUGAUGUGCAUUAUUGCUUUUGACCAGAGGUUACACUCUCCAAAAUUUCUGGCUGUCGCCAACCUUGCAGUGAUCGACGUAAUCUUGAACACGAGCACGAUUCCUGGCAUGAUCAAGACUUUCCUCCUGAAGGACAACUUUGUUCCAUUCAACCUGUGUCUCGCACAAAUGUUUUUCCACUAUUUUGCACUCACCAUGGAAUCUUAUGCACUUGCCAUACUGGCCUAUGACCGGUUGAUUGCAAUAUGUUUUCCUCUGCGUCAGUGUGUUUUCAACACGCGGCCGAUCAUGUUUGGUAUUGUCAGUGUGAUUUGGGGUUAUAAUCUGGGAUUGCUCGGGUACAGCACGAUAAUCAUGACUCGACUGUCUUUUUGCAAUUCUGUCAGAGUGUUUAGUUAUUUUUGUGACUAUGCACCCGUGUUCAGACUGGCAUGUAAUGAUUACACCUUACAGUGGAGUGUGGCUUCACUUUCUAUUUUAAACCUAAUGGGCCCCCUUACUUUUAUCUUUUUAUCCUAUCUCAGCAUCCUUGUGACCGUGUUCAGGAUGAAAUCAGUCGGCAGUCGGAUGAAAGCUCUCACCACUUGCAUUGAACACUUGAUUCUUGUUGCUGUGUUUUAUAUUCCUUUAUUCAGCAUUUACUUAAUAGGACUGUUUAUAAAAAGCAUCGAUCCAGACCAGCGUGUGCUGAGUCUGUCUCUGGCCUCUUGCCUCCCCCCCUGCAUUAAUCCCAUUGUAUAUUCCUUAAAAACAAAGGAGAUCAGAAACAGAGCCCUGGCACUUGUCCGGAAAAACCCAAACCCUUGACAACUAUGUACUUGUCCUUCUGUGAUUUUUGUUGUUGCCAAUGUUAUUAUUAUUCUGCCUAUGUUUGGUCUUCAUGAACAGAAAUGAUGUAACAUUAUCUUCUCUGUCAAGCAAUAACACUGUUUCCCUCAACAGUCGAAAAAAAAUUGGGGAUGCCACCUUUGUUGCUUAUCUGUUUACUCUAGCCUUCAACUAGCUCCUUUUUUAUUCCACCCUGUGGAAUAAA